AUAGUUUGAGGUGAAAACGAUGUCUUUUUUCCAAAAUAAAAAGAAUUCCACAGUAGUUCAAAGAAAAAGUUAUAAAAAUAAUUUAACUCAUCUUUACAAAGCAACUGAAUCUUCCCAAUAUAUAUAAUUUUCUUUUACAACUUUUUUUAAAAAAAAAAAAAGCAAAACGGAGGGGAGAGAUAAUUUAUGGUCCUUCCCAUAACAAACUGAUACAUAUGAAAAUAUGACAAAAGAAGGAAAGUACGUGGACAGAUACUCACCUUUCACCAACUAAACCAAAUUCAACUUUUUCUUACACAUAUAUAUAAAUAAAUAAAUGUGAAUAUAAGUUGCACAUCUUGAAUAAGCCUCACAAUAUUUUAGGAUACUUUUCUUCCACCAACCCCACAAAAAUAAUAAAUAAACACAAAAAACACAAUUUUUCCCACUAUAAAUAACCUUCCUCAUCCAUACUCUCUUCACUCAAACAUCUCAUUAUAACCUAAAAAACUUCAAUUUUUUCCCAUCCAUCCAUCCAUCUAUAUAUCACUAUGGGUACAAUUGAAAAAAACCUCACAAUUACUGAAAAAGUUUAUGUUAGAGUUCGACUUGCAAAUGAAAAUGAUAUUCAUCAUGUAUACAAACUUUUUUACCAAAUUCAUGAAUAUCACAAAUUCACACAUCUUUACAAAGCUACUGAAUCAUCCCUUUGUGAUCUUCUUUUCGAUAAAACUAACCCUAAACCUCUCUAUUAUGGCCCCUCAGUACUUCUACUCGAAGUAUCACCAACACCUUUUUCAGAUAUCGAUAAUAAAGACGAAAAAUUCAAGCCUGUCCUGAAGCGAUUUGACCUUAGAGCAAAUGUCGUGGACAAAGAAGCCGAUGAAUUUAAGUCCAAAUCAUGCGCGCAUGAUGAGAAAAAUGAUGUGUAUAUUGCUGGAUACGCAUUUUUCUACGCGAAUUAUUCAUGCUUUUAUGAUAAGGCAGGGAUUUAUUUUGAGAGUCUUUAUUUUAGAGAAAGUUAUAGGAAAUUGGGCAUGGGAAGUUUGUUGUUUGGGACAGUUGCAUCAAUUGCUGCAAAUAAUGGAUUUUCUUCAGUGGAGGGAAUUGUAGCGGUUUGGAAUAAAAAAUCUUAUGAUUUUUAUGUGAAUAUGGGAGUUGAAAUAUUUGAUGAAUUUAGGUAUGGGAAAUUGGUUGGUGAUGCUCUACAAAAAUAUGCUGACAAGGAGAAGGUUUAAUCAUGAAAAUAUUUAAAUUUAUUUAUCAAGCACUUUUUUAUUGGAUGUGAAGUUUUCCUUUUUUUUUUUUUUUUAGUAAAAGCAAUUUUACUGAAUGUUAAUUAUUACUACCAUGUAUUAAAUGUGUUUCCAAAUGUUGGAUGAAUAAACAUAGCGUUGAUACUUA